AUGAUGGCGUCGACAUCCUCGACCUCAUGGCUAUCCUCCCUCUUGGCCUUCUGCGCCAUCCUGUGCCUCUCGGUGCCUGUUAACGCCCUCUACUUCUAUAUCGAUGGACGUCAACCCAAAUGCUUCUUCGAAGAGCUUCCCAAGGACACAUUGGUUGUCGGAACCUACUCCACGCAGGUCAUCAACCAACAGUCGAACACGUACUCCGUUGAUCCCAGCCUGAAGAUGCUCAUUACCGUCGACGAGACCUUCGACAACGACCACCGGGUCGUCUCCAAGCGCGAUGGCCACUCCGGCCGCUUCACCUUCUCCGCUGCUGAUGCCGGCCAGCACAGGAUCUGUGUGACCGCCGAGACGAGUGCCGCGACCGGUGGCUGGCUGUCGGGUGCCCCCGCGGGCGCUGUCAAGGUGACUCUGGACAUAGCCAUCGGAGAGACCAGCAAGAUCGAGACGGAAGACAAGGGCAAAAUCCAGGACAUCGUCCAGAAGGUGAAGGAUCUCAACGGUCGGUUGCAGGAUAUCCGAAGAGAGCAGGUGUUCCAGCGGGAACGUGAGGCCGAAUUCCGUGAUCAGUCUGAAGCUACCAACUCCCGUGUCGUCCGGUGGACCCUGAUUCAAAUGGCUGUCCUGUCCGCUGCCUGCGCUUGGCAACUGUCUCACCUCCGCUCGUUCUUCAUCAAGCAGAAGCUGACAUAAUGGAUGAGGGCAUGGAGAAAGGGAAAUAGGGAAAAGCGGAUACAGUUGUUGUCCGACGUACCUUGUAUAUGGGGUUAUAUCUGAGUUCAUUAUCUCCUUGAUCGUCUAUUUCUUUGGUUCGUCCGAAGCAAAUCAAUGGAACUUCAUGACAAUUUAGAUGUAUCUGUGGGCUGGAUGGUUCUUCUCAGUUCCUAGCCGUAGGCUCAGGUUUAUUGCUGGGAUAGCUUGUCGGACAUGAAAGACUGGGAAAUGCCUAUUAUGCUUGCCCUUCCAGUAUUAUAUGAUGCGAAUGAGUCGAUUGAUAGAUAUGGAUGUAAUGACCUACUCUGCUUGUAUUUCUAUCCAAUGUAUGUUUCAGGUGUUUCGGCAUAGGGUGGCAUCAAGCGAAAACGAUAGAGCAUAGCGAUUUUAUUUAAUAUGGAAUCCAAUUGCCAUUAUCA